GGCCAGUACGCGGCGGUCCGUGUGACGGCGCGUGUCAGAAUAGCUUCGAGUGCGCCUGUGUCGCCGCUCCCUGGUAUCGAUCUGUCGGCAGACCGCAUUGCUGUACAUUCCGGAGGCGGUGCCUCGCCUAGUUUUCGUCGAUUGUCGGCGUGGCGGGCGCGUGUCGGCGUCGGCGGCGGCCCGGACGGCCCUGCGCAGUAGCGGUGUGAGCAGCGCGGGAGCGACCGACCUUCCUUCUGCCAAAACAGGCUCGCUGUCCGCGGCGGACGGCUGUGAUGUAGCCGGGGCCGGCGUGCGAGCGGCCUUCGGACAAAGGAUCCGCGCGAUACGUGAUUCGCAAUGAAGAAGUUCACUUUCAAGGGGGUGCUGGACGGGUUCCGGAGCUCGGUGCAGGCGGCGCCGCGCGGGACCGAGCAGGAAAUACAGGAGACCUUGCGUCCGGAUCACUUCCAGAUUAAAAAGACAUUCCGCCAUGGAUUCCCGUUUUCGCCGACGGCUCUGGCUUGGGACCCCGUACAGAAGCUACUGGCCGUGGGUGAUAAAGGCGGCAACCUCAGAUUACUAGGUGGUCCCGGAGUAGACGCGCACGUGCGCCACGAGGCCGGCGAGGCGGUGCUACACGUGAAGUUCCUGAUCAACGAAGGUGCUCUCGUCACAGCCACCGCUGAUGACCAACUCCACCUCUGGACCUUCAGGCAGAAGAUAGCACAAAGAGUCCAAUCGCUCAAAUUCCAGAGAGAACGGAUAACCUGCCUCCAUUUACCUCUUCAAUCGAAAUGGAUCCACGUGGGCACGGAGCGCGGGAACGUCCACGUGGUGAACAUCGAAACGUUCGCGCUGAGCGGCUACGUCAUCAACUGGAACAAAGCCAUCGAAGUAACGAGGCCGAACCACCCGGGCGCCGUCGUCGACGUUAGCGAAAAUCCACUAGACGCCAGCAAAUUAGUAAUUGCGUAUGAAUCGGGACUUGUGGUGGUAUGGGAUCUGCGGGCGCGAGCCGCGGAGUGGAGAGGGUCGCUGGGCACGAGCGGGCCCGGCGAGGCCGUGCGCGCCGCGGCGUGGCAGCACGACGCCAAGCUCAUGACCGCGCACGCGGACGGUGCGCUGGCCACGUGGAGCAUGCGCUCUCCGAGACCUACCUCCUUGUCGUACCCGCAUGCGAAAGCAAACAAGGACGGAAAACCAGAACCCUGCAAACCUAUACUCAGACUGGAAUGGAAAACUUCAAGAACAGGAGAAAGUCUGGUGAUAUUCUCCGGCGGCCUGCCAACCGACAAAGCUGGUCGGACGCAUAGCAUCACGGUCCUCAACGGAAAGAGCACCACCGUGCUGGAAAUGGAGCAUAGCGUGGUCGACUUCGUCACCCUCUGCGAGAGCCCUCACGCUGCCGAUUAUCAAGAACCAUACGCGAUAGUGGUGCUACUGCAGAACGACCUGGUCGUAAUAGAUCUGCUGACUCCCGGCUACCCCUGCUUCGAGAACCCUUACCCCAUGGACAUACACGAAUCACCUGUCACAUGCUGUUGUUACUUUGCUGACUGCCCUUCGGAUUUGAUUCCAGCGUUCUACUCAGUGGGCCGACAAGGCAACAAGAAGGCGGCCGGCUUCAGCGAGAAACUCUGGCCCAUCAACGGCGGCGAGUGGGCGCCGGCCUCGUGCUCCUACAGCGAAAUUAUACUCACUGGGCACGCAGAUGGCAGCGUGAAAUUUUGGGACGCGAGCGCGGGGACUUUGCAAAUACUGUACAAAUUAAAAUGUUCAAAAGUGUUCGAGCGGCGCGGCGGCUACGAGGAGGAGUCCCCGCUGGCCGUGCAGCAGGCCGCGCUGUGCGCCGAGUCGCGCCGGCUGUGCGUGGCGCUGCCGCACGGACACGUCGUGCUCUUCAAGUUCCGCAAGGCCGAGGUGCACGCCGAGACGCACGUCGUCGAGGUGCCGGUGAUAACCGACGCGGUGGAGGAGGAGACGUCCCCGGAGGCGGAGAGCGGCCGGUCCGCCUCCCUCGGCAGGGGCGCCGAGAGCGUCGAGGGCGAGGGCCGAAGGGUGAGCGCGCCGCCCCCGAGAGCCGACCCGAGGCGGGCCGUCGCGGCGGAAGUAACGGACUCGCUCGUGUCGCAGUCGGGCUCGUGGGCGGGCAGCGCGCUGCGCGUGCGCGGCUGCGCGGGCACGGGCGGCGCGCGCCGGGCGCCCGGCUUCCAGGCCGCGCUGGUGGCGCUGCAGCACGGCCCGCCGCACCCCGUCACGGCGCUCACGCUCAACUCGUCGUACGGCCUCAUGGCGUGGGGCGGCGAGCGCGGCGUGGUGGUGCUGGACGUGUGGCGGCGCUGCGUGGUGGCGGCGCUGCCGGCGCACGCGCUGUACCUGCCGCACCCGGAGGCGCCGCUGGCGCGCCACGAGCGCCGCUCGCCCGAGCUGGACCAGUUGGAGGAGUCACCAGCCAGCCCCGAGCCUGCCGAGGAAGCACUGCCGGACCCAAAGCUUGACACGAGACGCAAAUCCACACCAUGGAAGAACUUCAAUUUGAAACGUCAAAUUUCUAAAGUUGACCUUAAGCUCAAAGCUGCCUUCGGGCCGCAAGAAAACGAGGAAAUCGUUGAAAAAGGGAAUUCACAAUUCUAUUGUGAAACGGCUGGCACGUCCGAGGCGGCGCCUGAAUCUGUCACCGACUCCCCCGAAGGCGAAGAGGCGGGAGAGCGGAGAGCAGACGAAGAUAAAAGCCAACUGUCAUCACCUUUACGCGUUUGUUCGGAUGUCUUCGAGCGAAUGCAUCGAGAACUACAAGAGAAACGAGCAGCUGAUGUUUAUGACAGAAUGCAUAAAGAACUUCAGGAAAGAUGGCAGGACAAAGAACGAGGUGAAAUAACGCCUGACAUUUCCCCCUCUCGGAUCGGAGAAGACGAAAAAGCUACACGUCCUGAUAAUCUUCCUCUUUUCGAUGAAGAUGGCAAGCCACUGCGACCGCCUCGUUCGAAAGCCAAGAGAAAAGAGGACAUCACAAAGGACCAGAGAGACCAGAGAUUGCUAUCAGUGCCCAAUAUUAAAUACAACAAGCAGGAAUCGGUAAAGGACCUGCGAAAGAAGCAAGCGACUCAACAGUCGCAGUCGUUCGCCGGCAACCUGAUGCGGCGGUUCAGAGAGCUUGUAGCGAGACUUUGCACGAGAAACGAACGAAAUGUCGAAGAGGAAUUAAACGAAGUAAUAGAAGUGCCCAACGUAAUAGGCCGCGUAGACAAGCUGGACAGUUCGUUCUCGCGGUCGCGCUCCAGCUCCAUGUCCAGUCUUGAGAACAUAUCGCAGGAAGGCAUUCAGUGCCUCGCCUUUGCCGACAGCUAUACGAAGAGAUCGGAUCCCACGACGUUGCUGCCGACCUUGUGGAUAGGAACGACGUUGGGCUCGGUGCUCACAAUGAUGAUCAGCUUGCCGGAAGCCGACCUGCGCCACACGCAGCCAGUCGUUAUUUCCACGAGCGGCGGUCCAAUAUUUAGGUUAAAGGGUUCAAUAUUGGCCAUGUCAUUUUUGGAUUGUAAUGGUGCUUUAAUUCCUUACUCGUACGAGAGCUGGAAGGACGACAGUAAAGACGGCCGGGAGCGGCGCGAGCGCACGCCCACCAAGCAGAGCUCGUCGGGCAGCAGCCACAUGAGCCCGCCGCCGGCCGGCGCGGAGGCGGCCGCCGACCGCCAGUUCGUGGUCAUCGCCUCGGAGAAGCAGGCGCGCGUCGUGGCGCUGCCCAGCCAGAACUGCGUCUACCGCCAGCAGAUUGUCGACACGGACUUUGUAGUCAAAUCGGAGAUUGUAAGCUUAAAAGAUAGCGUCUGUCUGGUGAACUACUUGUCAACGGGUCACUUGGCGGCGUACAGUCUUCCCUCUCUGCGGCCACUCGUACACACGGACUUUCUGCCGCUCUCUGAACUCAGCUUCCAGACACAGUCCAAACAGAGGGGUAUCGUAGACCCUAUGCUCUCCAUAUGGGGCCAGCAACUGAUAGUUAACGAGGACACGGACCAAAUAGCGAAGACGUUCUGCUUCAGUAACCGCGGACACGGCCUCUACCUCGCCUCGCCCACGGAGAUACAAAAGUUUACUAUCGACGCUGAGUUCUGUCAGCAACUAAACGAAAUGAUCGGAGAGCUGUUCCUGCCGCGGGACAUGCCCGAGCCGCCCAAGGAGAGCUUCUUUCGAGGGCUGUUCGGCGGAGGGUCCCGGCCGCUCGACAGGGAGGAACUAUUCGGCGAGAGCAGCGGCAAGCCGAGCCGCAGCGUGGCCAAGCACAUCCCGGGGGUGGAGGGCGCGGGGCAGCGCGUGGUGGCGGCCACCAGCGAGGUGGCGCGCGCGCACCAGAUGGUGGUGGAGCGCGGCGACAAGCUGACGCAGCUGGAGGACCGCGCCGAGCGCAUGCACUCGCAGGCCUCCGAGUUCUCCAGCUCGGCGCACCAGCUCAUGCUCAAGUACAAGGACAAGAAGUGGUACCAGCUGUGAGACGCCGCUUCGCGCGAUGUGAUAAUGUAAAUAGUAAACGAUACUACACUACACUUAAUCUUUUUAUACAGCGUACCUUAUGUAUUACCGUAGUGGUUUCUCUAUAUCGCACUCUUCCCGUCUCGCGUUUUCUCUUGUUUUCGACACCGUACUCUAUGAUUCGAGAUGCGUGCGAGAGCGUGUGUGAGUGAGCCAGCUCCUUGGCUGACCGGGCGUCCGUCGCGUUUGAGUUACCGUUGAGAUAGUGUUACGUUACGAUAGUGUUGCGUCGAUAUGAGAUUAUUUAAAGUUGCUACCUUAAAGAUAACUUAAGUAGAUGUAAUUUUUUAUAGAUACGAGCGAACGGAACGGAUGAAACUACUGUAGUCGUUGUGAAUCGUGUUGAUCUGUGUAAAGUAAAUAUUUAUAAAUAAAUGGAUAAUAUAAAUUUAAAUGAUUGAAAAGUUAAGCAUUGGAUGACAAUAAUUUUGUUACAUUUGUCCGGAGUUUGAUUUCGCGCCGAAAGCGUUCCUGUUUGUUUAUUCUACACAAAGUCUUCUAUUGAAUACCUCUUUUAAAAGUGUACCUACAUAUAUUAUAUGACUUGUUGAUCUAUCCUGUUUUUAUUCUAACAUUUCGCUCUUUCGAUAUAUUUUAAAUUAUUAAUUCAUAUAUAUAUAUAUAUUAUGUAUAUUAGGUAUGAAAUGUGCAUAAAAUGAUUUUAUUAAGAUUUAAAGAAUCGUUCGAGGUGCGCCUCUCCACAAUGAUAGCAAUACAACACGGGCUCCGGCCCGAGUAGACCUGACCAAUAGGUGUCGUGUCGAUGUUGUUAGCUGAUUAACUAUUAAAAAAUAAAACUGAAUAAAGCGAUAACUAAUAUAAUAUGUAAAGUAUCGAUUAAGUAACGCACUACGUGUCGCAAAUAAGAGAUAAGUUCGUGCGGAGAAUCGUCGCAGUUUAUGUGUAUAGGAACAUUUAUUAUUUCUGCUGCGAUCUGCCAACGUUUCCGAACGAAUAAAACGAGGUGUACGUGUGGGGACCGGCCUUGGCGAGGCAGUGACGUCGGCCCCUUCGCGCUUCGUGCUCGUUGCAGUCAAACCGCUAUCCGACCGAUCUUGACAGUUGGCACGUUCUAAUCUGUGACGUCGAUCCUUUCGUUUAGUAAUCGUAGUGAGUUUUGUAUGAUCUAAUUCCGUGCGUAGAUUUCGGAUGCCAAAGGUGACUAUUUUGAAAAUCCGUUUUGUAUAUAAUAUCGAGUACACGACGCGCUAGGCGGUAUUUUAUAUCUGAUUUUGAAUACGUUGCCGUUCAUCUGGACGUCUGCGAAUAUGGCGACCUAGCGUUACUAUUGGAGGAAUAUAUUGGAAUAUUGUAAAAAAAAUACGAAACGGAUGCUGUUCCGAUAUUAUAUCACUAACGUUAAUAUUUUAACCAGAUUAUUUUGGUAUGUAGACGUGUAUACAACCGAAGACAGAAUUGAUUCGUGAAAUUUAAUAUUUUCUUAUCUAUAUUUAGUGGUUUUAGUGAAUGCAGAUGUUAGCGUUUUACAAGCUAUACUUAUUUUAUUACAAGGUCGUUGUAGAUGUCGGUCGCGACGCUCUCGGGACGCUCGACUUUACGAGAUGCUCAUGAAUCAGAACCAACUGGGACAACGCAGAUUUACGGCUCGGACUUUUCAUACAUCUAGCCAUCGUUUCCCCACAUCGCUAUAAACUUAUCAAACCAUACCAGAUCAUGUUCUCAUACGGGACUGAUUCUAUACCCUAUACGCAUAAAACUUGUGUGAGGAACGCAAUCCCCGAGCGGAGCCCUGCACUCUCGGGCCGCGCCCCGAGGCGUCCGACCGAACUCGUGAUGUGACGUAACAUCGUGUAUGUUAAGUUUAAACAAUUCUAUUUCUUGUUACUCGGCGCCCGCGCAGUCCGGCCCGGUCCCGGUCCGGCCCGGUCCGGAUCGAUAUGUUGUUUGCGCUUUCUCUAUACUUUUAACUAAAUGUUCCCAUUGAAACGCUAUUCACUUGGAAAUUAUGGGACUAAAUUAUUAUAAGGAUUGUAAAUAAAUAAUUAACAAAACUUGUGGCAAAUUAUUACUUGUUAAUCUUUAAUAUUCGUAGUUCAUUUAAAUAUUAUUUUGUAUGGAGUAGACGACUGUCUCUUUUUUAACGUUUGGAAACGAGGGAGUUAUAAGAAUAUAACUAUACAUAUUGUAUAUAAAGGAUGCUGUUGAAUUAUAUUAUUUAGUUUGGUAGAUGAUAUAGUCAUUACAU